AUGGGUUACCUAUUGGUCCAUGUGUUCCUUAGCCUUAUCUGGGGAAAGUUCUUCAAAAUUCACGUAGAAGCAGUGGUCUUAUCGAAGAGUAUGUAAAAGUCCACCCGUCUUCAGACAAAGCUAACAGCUAUUAGCAUUUUGGAACUCCACGAACUUCAACGCUAGUCCUCAAAAUUCUUGCUCAUCACAGUCUCACUGCACGGGUGUACCAUCGAAGAGUGUUCAAAUUUCUCAUACGACCCCCGCCCCCAGAACGACGCCCUCAGUUGUCCACUUGGAAGAUCUAACGGCUUUUAUUUUUGAAUCUCCCUGCCAAAUUGAUCAAGAAAAGAUAUUGACGCUCACAUGGCCGGAUCGCUACGUUACAGUCGCUACAGUCACUACCUUAGUUUCGAUUUUUAAAAAUACGACUGUUGUGGCCUCAUCUACUUAUGCGGAUGUUACAGCUAGCAUGGAGUUGUAUUCGAUUCUCGCCGCGCUACCUGCUAGGAAUUCUAGAACAAGUGUGCUGAAUGGCACGGUUUUCACAGAUCCUUACGGAGUUGUUUACCAAGUAAUUCCAAAACCUGUUCAUUUACUGCAGUUGGUGUGCUAAUUUUCGCAGUCGCCCACAGCUAUCACGGUAUAUGACAAGCUCAAAUACCUUCCUGCUCCAACACUCACAUCCGGCUGGUUGAAGUCAGAAUGGGAACAGCUGGGCGAGGUCUUUUCUGUUCUACCGUCCGGAUACUACUUCUCAGGUGGUGGAAGAGAUGUCAGAUCAUGGCUGGUUGAAAACCCUCCUGCACCCCUACCAACAUUCUGGUCCGCGCUUCCAGAUUGUGAUCAAUUUCUUGAAAACAGUGGCCCACAAGCAUAUCAGCACAUUGUAGAAUCUAUCACGGCAUAUGAGACAACGACUACAACGUUGAGUAGUGCACUCCCUACUCAAGCUCAAGUGAUACCUGCUGCGACUCCACCUUUACCGACCCCCAGGCCAACUCCACUUAUCAACACUCCGAAUCAACGAGCUUCUCCUGGAAGUGUCAAUAUCGCAGCCGAAGAGCCAUCGGGGCCGGAAGGAAGCCCGGGGGCGGAAAUUGAAACUCAAGAACCCAAGUUCGAACCUAUCUCGCCAAUCCCCAAAUCAACACUGGAUGAUUUGGCGAUUUCUUCAGAUCCGGUAGCAGGCUCGCUAAUCGUUGGAGGACAACCACUGCCUCCUGGAGAUUCCAUCAACCAGUCUGGUACCAUUGUGUCUCUCGACACGACGGGGACCACGCUUUUCGUAGAUGGUUCGCCACACCUGCAUCCUUCUAUCCAAACUCCACCCCCACUGGGACCCGAGAGAUCUUAUUUCACCAUCGGAACCUCCACGUAUUCGCAGAAUUCGGCAUCUGAAUAUGAAGUAGGUGGUCAGAAAUUGAGACCAGGGGACUCGGUGAUUAUCUCUGGGACAACUGUUUCGCUGGACUCGGUCGGUUCAUCGGUUUUUAUCAACAACACUCCCAUCCCAGUACUAAAGACGCCGCCUACCACUGCAAGACUACAGCUCGUCUUUGGAGGUUCUACUUAUUUUCAGAAUGGAGCAUCGAAUUUCGAGCUUGCGUCCCAAAUCUUGACACCCGGUGGUGUGGUUACAGUUUCCGGAACCACCUUGUCUUUGGAUCCAAAGGCUACUGAAGCAUUCAUCAACAAUAUCCCGUUCCCAUUAUAUCCGACGCCAAAUAUUGCAAAACCUCAGCUAGUCAUUGGAGAUUCUACAUACUUGCAGGAUGCAUCCUCAAAUUUCGUAAUAGCAUCUCAAACCUUACCACCCGGUGGCAUCAUCACAGCAUCUGGAACCACAAUUUCUCUCAAUCCAAAAGCCUCAGAGGUAUUCAUCAACAACACAUCAGUCACAAUAAGAAAACCAUCCGCUGGGCCCAGACCCCAGCUGAUCCUUGGAGCUUCAACCUAUCUCCAAAAUCCAAACUCAGCCUUCGAGGUCGCUUCGCAGACUUUGAAGCCAGGAGGCGUCAUCAUUGUCGCAGGAACCACGCUUUCCCUUGACCCAAAAGCUUCUGAGGUUGUGAUCAAUAAUAUACCGUCUACACUCCAAGCUCCGAGAAUCACAGCGCAGCCCUUGCCACCAUUGAGCACAGGGAUUUCUGCAACUGCUGCGAAGGCGACGUCUAAGGUAUCUACUGGAGCGAAUGUAAGGUAUGUAUGGAGAACAGGAAUCAUUCUUUCGGCGGGAUUGAUAUUUUGGAAUGUCUUUUGAAAGAUGGAAUUUUAUGAUUUUCUUGGCGAAAGGGACAGGGAGACUCGCUUAAAUAAAUGGAGGCUCCGGAACGCUUGCGGUAGACGGCGAUACAGCCGCGUAUAGCUCUCUAAUCAUGACUUACUUCAAAACAUAAAAGAACUUAAUCGUUUCAAGUGUUUUAAGAGAAUGUUCAAAGCAGUGGUCCAAAAGUCUUUACAUUAAUCACCUAAGAUGAGCAAAAGAAAAACGGAACAGAGAGGGCUUGGUUUACUUCUGCCUUCUCUGUAUACAUGAAAGACAAUACUAAUGAACGAGCCCACGAGUCAUUGGAAGCACGGAAUGCUACCAUUUAGGCCAUACUACAAAUAA